UAUUAGAUGGCGAUACUAUUUUACGGCACAUUUUAACGCAUAUACUAACCUAACUGUUUGUAAAUAAAGUGAUCUUUUAAUAAAAAGAAUAGCAGAAAUCAUGACAUUUGCCGAAUUAAACUUAAACUUAUGGAUAGUUAAUCAAUGCCACUCUCUAGGUUUGAAGAAGCCUACGCCAAUUCAACAAAAUUGUAUUCCAAAAAUAUUAGCAGGUAGCGAUUGUAUUGGUUGCGCAAAAACUGGUAGUGGUAAAACACUUGCAUUUGUGCUCCCUAUAUUACAAAAAUUAUCGGAAGACCCUUAUGGUAUAUUUGCUCUCGUUUUAACUCCUACAAGAGAGCUUGCUUUCCAAAUCGCAGAUCAGUUUUCAGCGAUAGGAAAAUCUGUUCGUUUAAAAAAGUGUGUAAUCGUUGGUGGAAUGGAUAUGGUUGUACAAGGCUUGGAGUUAUCGAGGCAUCCGCAUAUAGUUGUUGCAACCCCAGGGCGUUUGGCGGAUCAUUUAGAGAGUUGCAAUACAUUUUCUCUGAAGAGAAUUAAAUUCUUAGUUAUAGACGAGGCUGACAGACUUCUAGGAGGUAAUUUUGAUAGUCAGUUGAAAACUAUAUUCGGUGCUUUGCCUCAGAAAAGGCAAGUUCUCCUUUUUAGCGCAACAAUGACAGACACUCUUGAUAAAGUGAAACAUAUUGCGUCUAACGAGGUUUUUAUGUGGGAAUCUAAGGAUGAUUCUGGCAUAGCUACAGUAAAAGAACUUGAUCAACGUUAUGUACUUUGUCCAAGCGAUGUUUGCGAUUCUUUUCUGGUAGAAGUAGUUAGAACAUUUCGAACAACAAACAAGGAUGGAUCGAUAAUGAUAUUUACAGAUACUUGCAAGCAUUGUCAGUUGUUGUCCAUGACAUUAAAUGAUAUUGGCUUUAAAAAUGUAGCCCUACAUGCAAUGGUAAAACAAAAAGAUCGUCUUGCGGCACUUAAUCAGUUUAAAUCGAAUCAUAUAAAAAUUUUAAUAGCUACAGAUGUUGCAGCAAGAGGUUUAGAUAUUCCUGCAGUUGAAUUAGUUAUAAAUCAUUCUGUACCAAAUGUACCAAAGGAAUACAUUCAUAGAGUUGGUAGAACAGCUAGGGCAGGCAAAGGAGGUAUGGCAAUUACUCUGAUAACACCAUACGACAUCAAAUUAUUGCACGCCAUCGAGGAUACGAUUGGGACAAAAUUAACAGAAUACAAAGUUAAUGAUAAGGAAAUAGUCACGAUCAUAACGCAAAUAUCUGUUGCUAAACGAGAAGCUGAAAUGAGAUUAGAUGAAACAGACUUUUAUGAAAAGAAGAUGAUUAAUAAGCGUAAAAAGCUCAUUCUCGAAGGAAAAGAUUUAGAUGAAAUUGAGGAAAUAUUGGAGAAUAAUACAUCUAAUACAUCAAAGAAACGGAAAAAGAAACUUGUCAAAAGUACACGUAAUGCAAAUAAGUGUGAUUAACAUCAGAUUUUAUUAUCUGGAAAAAAUAUAUGUAUAUUGUAUAAAGAUUAACAAAUUAAGCUAUUGUUUAAUGAACAAUUAAUAUA